GCCCUCCGCUCCGCCCCACGCACGCCGGAGGUCCGCACCCGGGUGCGCUGGCGGCGCCCACAGUUUACGACGGGCCGGAAAGUAGCGGCUGCAGCCAGUGCCGGGCCUGGUCGGGCCGAGCCGGGCCAGUAUGGGGAAAAUUGCGCUGCAGCUCAAAGCCACGCUGGAGAAUGUCACCAACCUCCGGCCUUUGGGCGAGGACUUCCGGUGGUACCUGAAGAUGAAAUGUGGCAACUGUGGUGAGAUUUCAGAGAAGUGGCAAUAUAUUCGGCUGAUGGACAGUGUGGCACUGAAGGGAGGUCGUGGCAGCGCCUCCAUGGUCCAGAAGUGCAAGCUGUGUGCAAGGGAAAACUCCAUCGAGCCACAUCUGGGCACCUGGACAGGGCCAGGGUAUGGACUCGUCAACUUUGUCUUCUCUUAUGUUUCAGAGAUUUUGAGCAGCACCAUCAAAUCUUACAAUGCUGAAGACAAUGAGAAGUUCAAGACAAUUGUAGAGUUUGAGUGUCGGGGCCUUGAACCAGUUGAUUUCCAGCCUCAGGCUGGGUUUGCUGCCGAGGGCGUGGAAUCGGGGACGGUCUUCAGUGAUAUUAAUCUUCAGGAGAAGGACUGGACUGACUAUGACGAAAAAGCUCAGGAAUCUGUGGGAAUCUACGAGGUCACCCACCAGUUUGUGAAGUGCUGAACCCUCUUCCUGCACACGUGCCUCAAUGAACUGAGAAGGGACAAUGUGCCCCAAGCAGCAGAGCCCACUGAGGCUAAUCCCCUCAUCCCCUGUGUGCUGGAAGCUGUCUGAGCCCUCACAGCCUGCAUGCUGGGCUCUGCCACAGCUUCCCAAGCAUCACCAAUAAAGCCGCUGUUUGUGCUA